GAGCCACUCCAUCCUCAGGAUGAGAUGCACAGAGAGCCUUCCCCUGGGCCAGCCCCAGCCACCCACACAGGAUCCUCCUGAUUCACCUGGCCCGGGCUGAGCUGGGGCAGCACCAUGGACCUGCUGCUGCUCCAGGGGCUGCUGCUCCUGCCCCUGGCAGCGCUGCUGCUCUACAGGUGCAGCCCCCACAUCCAGUUCCUCUGCAAGGUGGCCUUCUUCAACUGCUGGAUCGUGGCCUUGGCCACCUUGCUGUCCCCCCUGGCCGCCUUGCGGGGACGCUCCGUGGAGAACAUGAGGCUCCUGCGGGCGGCGCUCCUGCCCCUCAAGCGCUUCUACGGCAUCAGGAUGCGGGUGAUGGGCUCGGAGCGGCUGCGGCUGCCGGGGCCCUUCGUGAUCGUCUGCAACCACCAGGCUUCCCUGGACCUCAUGGGAAUGGUGGAGGUGAUUCCCGAGCGCUGCGUGCCCAUCGCCAAGCGGGAGCUGCUCUACAUGGGCACAGUGGGCUGGGCCUGCUGGCUCAGUGGCAUCAUCUUCAUCGAGCGCCAGCGCAGGGACGCGGCCAUCGAGGUCAUCACCCGCACUGCCAGCACCAUGAGGAGAGAGAACCUCCGUGUGUGGGUUUUCCCUGAAGGCACCAGGAACCCCGGCAAGUCCAUGCUGCCCUUCAAGCGUGGUGCUUUCCACCUGGCCGUGCAUGCCCAGGUUCCCAUUGUCCCCAUCGUGAUCUCCCCGUACAGGGACUUCUUCAGCCCCGAGGAGAAGAGAUUCACCUCAGGGACCUGCACCAUCCAAGUCCUCCCCAGGGUGGAAACGUGUGGCCUGAGCCCAAAGGAUGUCCCCAAACUGACCGAGAGUGUCCAGCAGGCCAUGGCCGAGGCCCUGGCUGAGAUGUCCAUGAGUGACCACAGGGAGCAGGACAUGGAGCAGCCCCUGCUGGGGCCAGGGGAGGACAGGGACAGCCCCCAGGGCCAGGGGGACGCAGCCAGGAGCAGCAAAUAGGCAGAGGGAGCUCAGGGAUACCAGUGAGGUGUCCCUUGUCCCCCGAGGAGGUGUCCUGCAGCCCUGCCACCGCCCCAGCAGGACGGUGCCCUAAGGGAGCAGAGCAGGGCAGGAUGGGGACCCAAAACAGAGAAAGGUGCCCCCAAAACAGAGCAAGGUGCCCCCUUAAAACCCCUUGUUGUGACUGCAUCCCCUGGAUGUCCCUCUGCCACACCUGGAGCUGUGGCUGUCCCCCUGGAGUUGUGGCUGUCUCCCAGGAUGGCUCAGACAGGGCUGAGGGCUCACAGCCCCAUUUUCCACCCCUGAUUGUUGGGCUCCCCCACGGAUUCUCCUUCCAGAGGCUCCUACAAGCUGGAAAUGCCGUUCGGGUUCAGCCAGCUCUGAGUGUGUGGCCUGGGGGGGACACGAGGCCCAGGUGAGGUUGCUGGGGGGGAAGAGCAUCCGGGAGGGAGAGCACCCUUGGUGCUGAGCUGUGAGCCAAGGGUGGGACAUUAAAGAGUUUGGAGCUGG